UGUCACCGAGGACCUGGCGCCGGAGUGUCAGUGACUGUAGUGGCACCCUCUGGUCCUGGCUCGGCGCCGACGCUCUUGCGACCCUACCUUCUUGGCGCCAACUCCACUAAGAUAAUAAAGUGCAGGUGGGAUGGGACGGAGUGAAACCCCAGAGCAACCGCUAGAUUCCACCUGCACGGCUGCGCGGCAAAAAGUUCCUCUUAAGUGACCCCUAAAGAUUAUGCGAGUGGUUUUCGAUCGUUUUAUUCUCAUAUAGUGUUUUUUUUAUGUGUGACUCCCAUGAAGACAAACGUCAGUAUAUAUACAACAGUUACACCUGGAAAACUCCAGAAUGUUUUAGAGGAAGUUUCCCGAGCGAAAAGAUUAUGGUUGUGAAGGAAGCAUCCCCAACCUCUAGCGCAGCCAGGGUGUGUCUCAGUGGCUCGUGGCAUCGCUCCUACAGCGGUAAUUGAGAGUGGCACCUCCGGGCACUGCCAAGCUCGGGCUCCGGUGGCACUCCUCUGCUGCCGCGACACACACAUCUAAAAUGAGGUCUUACUUUAAGAAAUUUGAGAACCAGGAAUAAAAGUUUCGUGGACGAGUAAGUUGUACCACCUGUGAAGCGGAUUUAACCCUUUUCGAAACCGUGUUCGGCGAUUUUUUUUCUUUCAUUGUUGUUGUUUAUUUCCGUGUUAGAUUAACAAUAUCUAAUUCGUGUACAUAUCAAAAUACUGAAUAAUUGUUGAUUCUUAGACAGUAGAUGGUAAGCGCAAGCAGUGGCUGGUGAGUGCGGAGUGUCCGGUGUGUCAACUUGCCACAUUGUUUUUUUUUUUCUGCUUGUGUGGCACCAGCUGUGCGGGUUGUCACCUCUCCUGUGGCACCAGCCGUGUGUGGCACCGAUCGCGCGAGUGGCACCAGUGCGAUGAUGAGUUACAACGUCGGAGGCGGCAGCGGGGGCGGGGACAUCGGCUACCUGGACAAAGUUGCACCGAGCUCUCCCGGCGAACACAAGCGCUUCACGGUGAGCCACCUGCUGGAUCUGCCCGACCUGGUGCGCCUUCCGCAGACUCCCGCCUUCACCCACGACCUGGCCGCCCUCCACGCCCACCCUGCCCACGACCUCGCCGCCCUCCAUCAACUUCAGGGACCACACCUCUACCACAAUGCAAGGGCGCCACCUCUGCACCCUCAGCACCACCACCACCACCUCCAGAACCACGGGCAGCACCAGCAACAAGCGGCGGCGGGGCUUCAGCAGCAGCAAGCCGUGGACUGCAGCCCGGCGCAGCACCUCCACCACCAGCAAAAACAGCAGCAGCAGCCGCAGCAGCAACCACAGCAGCACCAACAGCUCCAGCACCCGCAGCAACAGCCUCCGCCGCCGCAGCACUCCCCCGUGCAGCACGUGGGUCCCGCUCAAACCAGGGUGCAGCAGCAGCAGCUCCAGCAACAGCAGCAGCAACACCAGCAACAGCAACACCAGCAGCAGCAACAACAACAGCAGCAGCAGCGUCAGCAGCAGGGGGGCGCGGGCGGCGAGAUGCGUGUGACGAGCCCGACGGCGCCCAAGACCGAGCGCUCCCCGGCCUCGGCUCAUGACACGGACAAGAGCGACGAAGAGGACGCAGAAGGCCGUAAGAAGAAACCCAGGAGGAACCGCACCACCUUUACCUCGGUACAGCUGACGGCACUGGAGAAGGUCUUCGAGAGGACGCAUUACCCCGACGCCUUCGUCAGGGAGGAGCUCGCUAAGAGAACCAACUUGAGCGAAGCCAGAGUCCAGGUCUGGUUCCAGAAUCGACGCGCCAAGUUUCGACGCAACGAGCGGAGUGUCCUGGCGCAGAGGUCCUCCACUUUCCGUCCCGCAGACACGCCCCCUUCUGUCACGCCCACGACAGGCCCCGUCGAGCAGCCCCUCGCGCCCAGGCCCUCGGGCAACACCGGCAUGGCCAUGUGUGACUACAGCGGCUACGGAACGGUGGGCGUGGGCGUAGGGGCGUGGAAGGGGUCCGGAGGCGGCGUGGGCGGAGCAACGCCUCCUUAUCUCUCACACUUCACGCCCACCAGUUCUCCCACGCCCAUGUGUACGUCGUUGCCACCCGGACUCGGCGGAACGUAUGGCAGCGGAAUGCCCACCGCAGGUCAGAUGGGCGGAGCUUACAUGGGGUCAUCGCUAGCGAAUCUGCGACUGCGCGCGCACGAGUACUCUCUUCACCAAGGGCAAGUGUGAAGUGCUCUCUAAACUCGUGUGCGAAGAAGAAAACAAUAUAGAGUGGUUAUAACGCAGGGCAUGUGAUGCUUUGGUUCAUGUGUUCGAAGCAUCGGUGGUUCGUUUGGUGUGAACCGUGAAGUGCGAACUUUCGGGAGAAUUAUUAGAGUGUGAAAGAACUUCUUAAAGUGCGUUGUGAAUCUACUACGCCUUGUAUAGAAAUGUGUGUGCACACAAAGUCCAUUUGUUCAUGAUAAGAUCACGUUCAUGAACCAUGUUGACGAGUGGAAAUCAUUAUCUGUGAGAAAGAGAAAAGAACAAUGAUUACGUAUAACUAUGAAAGUACUAUUGCCUGCUUCAUAUGGCCGACUCAAGCUAAGUCCAUGGAUUUAAACCGGUCAGGGACAUUUACAAAUAUAAAAAAACAUAAAUUACUCCCCAGUUCUGUUUCAAGUCAUACCUUCAGUGACGUGGAGGUUUCGCCAAUGGACGCAGCUCAUCAUGAACACCAAAGGUUGUUGUUUUAGCAUGUUCACCAACGGCAGAUUCCUUGUUAGUGUUCAGUGAUCGACAGGCUAGUGACGGAUGAAAGGGUCCUAGUUGUGUAAAGACGUUAGUUGCUGUUGCAGUAAUUACUUGAAUAUGAAUUCACUUCUGUUAUGUAUUCGCAUGUACCGGAUUCACAGCAAUAUAUUAUUAACAAUAUAUAUCACAUUUGUGUCAGUAAAUGGAAGCCAUGUUAGGCAGAUGCUAAGGAAUAAAGUCUAACCCAGUGGAAGAAAACCAAAUAGACUUACAGGAAAUAAUCAGUUAAUUAAAGGAGAAAGUCUUGGAGUUUUUCUAAACAGGUCAAAACCUCACUAGGCACAGCGGGAAUGAAAGUCGAUAUCUACAACAUCGGGUCCUUCUUUAAUGUCCGUAACCAAAAUGCUUUUUAAGGAGCAAACACGGAUAAAACAAACAUAACACGAUUUAAAGCCAAAAAAAGCAGGUGAUAUGGAAUUGUGUCGCGUUUGACUGUAAGCAAGGAAAUGACAUGGACUGAUUAGGAAAGAUCAUUUUUACGUUCUUCAUGUAUCGUGACGGAAGCACCAAUAAGCAACGUUUCUUGGACUGUAGUGUAGUGUGACGCUCCUCUAUCCGUUGAACACGAGAAAUAUGUUCAAAAGGUUCACCCGUGAUAAAACUUUGUGUGUCUGUGAUCAUCAGAAGAGACCUUAGUAACGUUGGCAUUUUUUUUUUUUUUUUGGACGCAUAUAUGAUUGAUUCCAAGGCAGAGGACCAGGUUGUGGAGAGGCAUAGCCGUGGUUGCAUCACUGUACUUAGUAAACUACAUUUUUUUCCAUUUCUCAUGUACAGUAUGUUGUUUCAUACUUGGAGUACUAAUAGCAAAUUUGGUUAUUAGAAGUGAGGGGGGAAAAAAUCUUACACUUGUAAUUCAAGAAUAAUAUAUUGUGGACCACAAUUG